AUGUUUGACACGGAUCAGCGACGGUGGCAGGCCGUUCAAGCCAGGUCCAAGCAUGCAGACCUGGCAUUUGUUUACGCCGUUACAACUACGAAGAUUUUCUGCAGACCAACGUGUCCAGCGCGUCUGGCUCGGAGAGCCAACGUCAAGUUUUAUGACACUCCCGUCCAAGCGUCUCUCGCCGGCUUCCGGCCCUGCAAGCGUUGUAAGCCGGAUCGGAAUCAAGUCGACGGCAGUACCAUUACCCAGCCGCAGAAAGAAAUUGUCAAAAAGGCAUGUGAAUACAUUGCAACAACCAAAGGCAAUACUACUCUCAAGGACAUGGCGCAAAACGUCAACAUCUCUUCGAGAUACCUUCAUGGUAUAUUCAAAGACAUCAUUGGAUCAACUCCUGCUGUAUACGCGGCCAAAAUAAGGAGCCAGAACAGCUCAGAGGCGCCAUCUCGCGAUCCGACCCAUGCUCUGCUGGUGGAUUAUACCAGCACUACGCCGCCCAUUGAUAAUGCUUGCCUGCAAGGGGACACUGACUUUGCGUUUGGGGAGUUGAACAUGAAUCAUUAUGCUUCAGUUGCAGCAUAUGAGGCUGUUGAGGAACAAUUAAAACGUUUUGACCAAGAGGGGAACUUCCUCGGAUGGCUCCCAGACGAAGUGGUUUCAGUUGAUAUGGAAUGCUCACCUGACGAGUUCUUCGAUUUCUCCGCCUACGACAACUUCUUGGGUGCUGAUGACUUUCCAAACUCUACACCUGGCUGGAUGUCGCCGGGACUCCCUUCCAUAUGA